AUGGAUGCCAAGAUUGCUCUGAGCUCUCUGCUGCUGGUGCCUCUCUAUACGCAGCAGCUGUUGCUAUCAUGCAGCGAAGAUGUGCCGGGAGACCACGAAGAGCUUGCCUUUCUGAAAGGCGCUGACUCGCCCUUCUUGGAGCUCUGCUAUGUCCGCCUGUCGUUUGACGAGGCGGAGUCGGCCAAGUUACUCGUCCAUGCGUGGCGAGGUGAAGCAUCGGAGGUCGAGCAGUGCCUGAUCGCACGGGCGUGUCCAGAUCAUCGAAGUGAGGAGGAUGGCCGGACGGCUUUGCUCUCGGCGGCUCUCCAGGGCCACCUCGAGGUGGCAAAGCAGCUGUGCCGGGCUGGCGCCGUCGUUGAUCCAGAAGAAACCGAUGGCGCUUCGCCGAUGCUUGCAGCUGCAAUGCAGGGCAGACUGGAGAUGGUGAAGUUCCUGGCUGACGCCAAGGCCGCUCUCGAUCGCCCGACAGCAAACGGCACUACGCCGUUGCACGUUGCAUCCCUGCAGGGCCACUUGGAUGUCGUAACGUAUCUCUGCCAGUCCGGAGCGGUCUGCGACAGAACGACUCCGGGUGGAGCCACGCCUCUCUACGUGUCAUGUUACAACGGUCAUCUUCCAAUCGCACAGUACCUUUGCUCGCAACGAUCGGAUGUGUGCAAAAGGACGCCCACCGGUGCGACCUUGCUGCAUGCAGCAGCUCAAGAGGGGCAGCUCGAGGUGGUCGCUUUCUUGUGUGAGAUGCCGGAAGUGGACAAGGAUGCACAGAUGCUCGAUGGAGCCACCCCGCUACUGGCCGCAGCUUUGCAGGGCCAUGUGAACGUGGUGCAGCAUCUCGCGCAGGUGAAGGCAGACAUCCACAAGACGACGAAGGACGGCGCAUCUGCACUGCAUGCUUGUGCCCGCUCUGGCCACGUAGCGGUUGCGCGGUUUCUCUGCGAAGCAGGAGCGGACAAGGAUCGGGCGAUGAUGGAGGGAGCGACCCCGUUGUUGGCAGCUGCGCUGCAAGGUCACACGGAGGUGGUGCGUUAUCUGUGUGAUGCAGGAGCUGACAAGGAUCGCACCAUCUGUGACGGAGUCACUGCUUUUCAUGCAGCUGCAGAGCGAGGUCAUGCAGAGGUGGUGCAGUGCCUUUGCGAGGUGGGAGCAGACAAGGACAAGGCAAUGCGAAAUGGCCUGACGCCCUUGAUGGCUGCUUGCCUCCAGGGCCACGAGGAGGUGGUGCGUGUCUUGUGCGACAACGGAGUCAUGAUGGAGACCCCGAUGCGUGAGGAUUGGGGCAAUCUUAUCACCAUCGUGGCGAGACAGUGA